AUCUAAAAGUAAAAAGUAAUUUUUUUGCAUAACCGCGGUUGCGGCCUUGCGUAAUUUGUUAGUGCAAAGCUGAACUCAUUAGAAAUCAUUUAAAAUUUUCAAAAUAAACACCAUGGCCUCGAAUGAAGAGGUUUACAACCCAAGUGAUAGGUUUGGUAUAGAGGAUUGCGAGGCUUUAUUAAAUAAUAUAAUUAAUGGCGAUUACCGCUCUUUAGAUGUCAAACAAGAACUAGAUUUGUCUUCUCUGGACACCAAAUCGAUAGCCAGUUCCCAAAGCGACAGUCUCUAUAGUACACAGCAAAGGAAUGAGGCUUUUAAGGCUUGUGCAUCUGAAGAGGAAUUGUUAGCUUUUAAUCAAGAGCUUCAGAAGAAGAUUAAAGAGACAAUAAGUCAAUUAGAAAAAGCCCUUGAAAAGAAUAUAGCAAAACAAGUAAGUUAAAUAUGCUUAAUAAAU